GCCAAUUGAAGAUCCUGAAAAAGAUAGAGGUCUCAUUCCCUGGGGUGGUUCAGUAAGAAAUAUAGGUAUCAAUGCUAACGCAAUAUCUGAGUCACAACAGACGGAAUGGCACAAUUAUACUGGAUUUUUAGCGGCUUUAGGAGGGUGUUGCGUUUUUGACAAACAAAUAAAUGGUUCAACUACUGGAUCGCAAGAAUCAAAUCAUGUAAUGGUUGAAAAAUACGUUCAUGAUAUGGUAGAUUUGCUCGUAUGCGAUAAUGUGUAUGUUCGCGAAAGUGUCAAAGAAAUUCUCGGCUCGGAAUUGAGUCCAAGACUAUACGUAAUUCUCUUUAAGCAUGUUGAAUCAAUUGUAUCUCAAUUUUUUGAUGGUGAUGGAGAUGUAUAUACAACGGACAAAAACACACUUGCUGUAGAACAGGCAAUAUCCGUUUUAAAACUCAUUUUAGAUCGUAUUCAAGAUGCAUCUGAAAAUUUAUACGCGGUAGACCUUGGAGGACUAGUUUUAUCUUUUGCUCGAUAUUUAAAUCGACUGGGUGCGGGGCAUGUUGCAUUACGGAUUAAAAAAAGAAUGUGUCAAUUAGCAGAUACAUUAAUGCUAAAAAAGGACUAUAUAACACUUCGCCAAGAAAUAGUAUUGCGUAAUAGGCUGCUGGAAAUAUUUAUUGAAUGGACUUCAGAUUACUCAAUGAAAACAGAUGGUCAAGGCAAUAGCGAAAAUCCUUCAAAUAAGAGUGAAAGAUUACACCGAGAUUUGGACCAAGCAUGCUUAAAAACAAUUGUUUCACUAUUGGCGCAAUUGCCAUUACAACCAUCAGAAACAGUGCAUGAAGCAGAAAUUAGUGGUGCUAUUGAUAGUGGAACACAUUCAGCGAGAAAUAAUCAGGAUUUACAAAUGUUGCUAACCAGGUCCAGGGAAUAUGUAAAGGACUUAGGACCUUUGAAAGAUUACACAAUUUUAGCUUUAAGCAAUUUGCUUAGUGCUAAUGUGGAUUCUGGAUUGAAAUUUUCACUAUCAAUGGGAUAUCACGAAGACACCAAGACUAGAACUGCAUUUAUGCAAGUCCUCACCAAUAUUCUUAAUCAAGGUACUGAAUUCGAGGGCCUUGCAGAAAACGCAAUGAAUGAUCGAUACGAUAGACUUCUAAUGACAGAAUCAGACCUUAAUAUCGCGUUGUCAUUAUGCGAAGUUUGUCCGGUUUCUGACAUAGAUGAUGUUUCCCGAGUGCUUUUGUCUGUAUUUGAUUCUCGAAAUAAAACUAUGCCCCUAUUGAAAGGCGUCAUUGAAAAAGAAGUUUUAAGUACAGAAUACGAGUCUGACUUAUUCCGACGCAAUUGUAUGGCUACACGCAUGUUGGCUGCUUUUGCUAAAAUUCACGGUGCCGAAUAUUUGCGUUAUACUUUACAACCAUUGAUAGAUGAUCUUCUUAGUAAACCCAGUGAUUUCAGCUGCGAACUGAAUUCUGAUAAUCUUCCUCCUGGGGAGGACAUUAAUAAAAAUUUAAUCAAUCUUAAGACCACAGCUCAAGCUUUCUUGGAUGGCAUUUGUGACUCUGGAUCGAAUAUGCCUAGAACUUUUCGUCAAGUAUGCCAUUAUAUAGGUAGUUCUGUUGAAGGAAAAUAUCCACGUGCAAAAU